AUGGAUCUUGCCAACACCCUCAUCCGGAGUGUGGUGCGCGCCUUCUACGAGACCCGCCACAUUCUGGUUGUUGAUGCGCUCUUCUUACACUCGGUUCUCCACGCCGAGGACCUCGCCUUUCUGAUGGGUAUGCAGCAGAAGGAUCUCCGCAAACUGUGCGCCCGAUUGCGAGAGGACCGCCUCAUCGGAGUAAACCAGCGCUCCGAAUUUCGCGAUGGCUCAACACGGCCCGUUAACCGCGAAUACUACUACAUCCCGCUCCACCCGGUCAUCGAUGCAAUCAAGUAUAAGGUCUCCACACUGACGUCCACGAUCAAGGCGCAGUACACCCCGAGCGAAGAGCGCAAGGAGUACAUCUGCCUGCGAUGCGGCUCAGAAUGGACAGAGUUGGAUGUGCUAAGCUUGGUUUCCGACGAAGGAUUUGAGUGUCAAAACUGUGGCGCUAUCCUAGAAAGAACCGAGGACGUCAAGGGCGUGGAGGGAAUUGACCGUACUGGCCACGAGAAGAACAGCAAGCUCAUGGCGCAGCUCGACAAGAUGCUCAAGCUAUUGAAGCAAAUCGACUCUGUUGAAAUCCCGCCGAACGACUUCGACACUGCCUGGGAUCACAAGGUCGAGGUUCCCCGGAACCAGCACACCCAUCCCACGCGCCAAGCGAUCUCCGUGCCCGUCAAAACACAGGACGUUACGCGCACCACGAUCAAGACAGAUGCUGCUCAAUUGGAGAUUGCGCUCACAUCCAGCGAGGAGAAGAGCGCUGCCGAUCAGGCCGAGGAGGCAGCUCGCAAAGCUGCUGUCGAGAAGCAAAACGCCCUUCCUGUCUGGCACACCCACUCCACCGUCAACGCAAACGUCGGCGUUGCGCCGGUCAAGAACGAGAUGGGUAUGCCCGUCAAGUCAGACCUGGAAGACGAAGACCAGAAGCCCGAUCCGGAUGCCUUGGACGACAAGGUCGCGGCCUACUACGCUGAGAUGGAGCGCGAGCAAGCCCUGCAAGCCGAGCAAGAUGCCAGCAGUGCCGAAGAAGACUCCGAUGAGUUUGACGAGGAAUUCGAAGACGUCGGAGUUUCUGGUCCAAGUGGACCAGCCACCCCGGCUACAGGAGCUGGCCUUACCAAUGUUCCCACCCCUUCAUCAGGUAUUGCGGGUGUUAAGCGUGAUCACGAGACUGCAUCCAGUGCUGCUCCGUCAUCGAUUGGCACACCGACUACGCCAGCUGACGAUGGGCCUGCGAUGAAGAGGAUCAAGUCUGAGCCCGGAAUUGUAGAGCCUGCUAUCAAGUCGGAUCCCGACGUGAAGGCCGAGCCCGAAGUCAAGGAGGAGGAGUCUGACGAGGACGAGGAAGAGUUUGAAGACGUAUGA